AUGAUUGAUGUACGUAUAAGCCCACCUCGAGAUGGAACUCGUGGAGGCCAGGAGCAAUUUAGUUGGGAUGAUGUAAAAGGACAACAGUCUCACAAUCGUGAAUGUUAUUUGGGUCAAACAAUCAAGCUUGGAGUGGUUGGAAGGAGAGGCCAAUUUAUUAAACACGAUUGGUACUUGAAUGAAAAAGAUGAUAAGGAUAUUAUGAAGGAUGAGAGACAGGAAGAAAUUGAAUUGGUUCAGCGAUACGAGGAUGAGGUUAUGCAGGAGAUGCUGGGCAAUAAACCACAUAAAUUUUUGUUACUUAAAAAUAGACCAAAAACGGAAGAUUUAAGGAAAAUGUUUAAAGAAAGCGAACAAUCAGACACUUUAGACAAUGCUGAUACGUCACAAAAUGCAGAAAAUAUAGCUCCAGAUACAAGUAGAAAUGAUAUGACUAGUAGAAAUUAUAAAAGUAGAUAUCAUAGUAGUUAUAAAAAUAGAGAAUAUAAAUGGCCAAAUAUAGAGGAAUCUCACCAUGAAAGAUCUAGAAGUUACAAAGACACUAGAGAUUCAUAUAGAGAUAUGAAGGGAUAUAAAAAAUCAGAUCUCCACCUAGGCUAUAAGGGCAGAGAUAACCACGAUUCAAAUAGAGAAGCGAGAGAAUAUAGGAAACCAAAAAGCGAACAUAGGAAAAUAGCUAGGAAUUCAAGGGAUAGAAGUCCAAGGAUGAGAUAUAGUAGACAUGAUAAGAGUAAGUAUGAUAGACACAAUCCCCAUGAAAAUCGUACUUAUGGCAGCCUUUCAGAAAGGGUUGAUGGAAAAAUAUCACCCAGAAGGAAGUUUUCACAGUCGCCAAUCAUGAAGUCUCGUGAUUGA